UCCGUUACAGAACGCGUCACUGAUAGUGGAAAGUUGGCAAUCGACUGGACCAUUGUACUGGAGAUCUGUGAUGCUUUGGGUGAAACGGAUGAAGGGCCAAAGGAAGCAAUUCGUGCUAUUCGAAAGCGCCUAACCUCUUCAGCUGGCAAGGACCACAUAAGUAUUUGGUACACCCUUAUUCUCAUUGAGGCCUGUCUUAAAAACUGCGGUCGACGUUUUCAAGCCCAGGUUGCCAAUCGUGAUUUUCUUCAUGAUCUCAUCAAAGUUCUCCUUCCCAAACACAAUCCUCCGAUCCAGCUGCAAACUAAGAUUUUAUUUCUUAUCAAGGUAUGGAUAGGUCCAUUGGUUUACACUGCACUCAGAAGAAAGGGUGUCCAAUUUCCCAAUUCGAUCGAUUGUAAAACUCUCCCUCCUCUUACUUUUACUUAUUCAAUUUUAAAAAUGACUUCUACACCAAAAAUACCUAUUAAUUGA